GCACUCCACCUGGCCAUUAUAGAUGAGUGGCCAGAAAAAAGCCUCCCAAGACAAUGGGGAAGAUUUUCAAAAUCUGCACAGAGGAGUAGUUGACCAGUUGCCUAUGGCAACCAAUCAGAUUGCUUCUUUCAUUUUUAAAAAAGGCCUCUGAAAAAUUAAAGAAGCUAUCUGAAUGGUUGCUAUCACUCUUCCCAUCACAGGUUUUGAUUUAUUUUCCCCUAUCAACCACAACAACACAGGAUUGGCUUAGUGAAUUUCAUUUAGUGACCCAGCCAAAGCAAUGAUGUGAACACAAUCUAAUAUCUCUGGAGAUACCUGAAAAUGGCUUCCACUGACAGCCCACCAUCCAUCCUGACAGAGCUAGAGAGGAUCUGCAGGGAAAGAAAUGGCAGAAAAUCCCCAAAUCCAGGUUAUUAUUCAAAUUCUGAUGUUUCCACUGAAUACUUGGUCAAGUCCAGCCCAAGGACACUCUAUCACAUGAUGACCCAUUACUCUAAUUCUGUAUAUAAAUCCUGUCACUUCCUACCGCAAGCUGUAAGAGAAGGAAAACAUCAGUAUGAAAGGACUUUUGGGAUAUCUUCAAAAGAAGUAUUUGAUGGUGUUUACAGAUCAGAAGAGGAAAUGUUGACUUUUAUUCGUUUUAUGGACUCAAUAUGGAAUAUUUGUGGAAAAUACAUUAUCCAAGCGUUUGACCUCUCUGCAUUCCACACAGUCUAUGAUCUUGGAGGAUGUUCCGGGGGUCUUGCAAAACAAUUUGUAUCUACUUAUAAGAGUUCAACAGUCACCAUUAUGGACCUGCCAAAGGUUGUGCAAACAGCUAAGAAACAUUUUGUAACAGAUAAAGAGCAGCAGAUACAUUUCUUUGAAGGUGACUUCUUUAAUGAUCCUAUUCCGGAGGCAGACCUAUUUAUUUUGUCAAGGAUUAUUCAUGACUGGACAGAAGAAAAAUGCAUCGCACUGCUGAGAAAGAUUUACCAGUCUUGUAGACCUGGAGGUGGAGUGCUACUAGUUGAAGUCCUUUUAAAUGAAGACAGAAGUGGUCCAGUAAUUUCCCAGAUGUGGUCACUGCACAUGUUGGUCAUGACAGAAGGCAAGGAACGGACACCAUCUGAAUAUACAAAGCUCCUUACAGACUCUGGCUUCAAGGACAUUGAAGUCAAAGCAACUGGAAAGAUAUAUGAUGCAAUACUGGGAAGGAAGUAGGGCUAAAAGUAAUUUUCUUCAAGUGGUCAUCAAGGUUUUAGAUUUUAAGAGCCUCAAGUUCAUUAAAAUAACAGAAACAGUUACCUUCUUGAUCCUGCCCCAUUGCCCAGUUCAGGCUUCAGUUGACACCCAAGCCUUUUUUUUAACUGACCCAUAGAUCGAAGUUUGCUUGUCAGUUUUACCGUUUUGUCAAUUACGAAUAAAUGAUUACCCAACAAAGUUGUGCAAUUCCAUAUACAUACAUACAUACGUACAUACAUAUUCAAAUUUUAUCCUACAUAAAGUUUUUGUACGACCUUGUAAUACAUUAUAUGAUA